GGUUAUUUGACAGUCAUGAAGAGCAAUACCAAAAGAUGAAGGCUAGAGCUUCAAGUUUUAUUAUUUGCCAAAUUGGUUUGUCAAUUUUUACCAAGGAGAAGGACCAAAAUAUUUAUUCAAUAGAAACAUAUGUAUUUUAUGUCCGACCAACUUUUUGUGGCAGUUGUGAUAAAAGAUUUGUAUGUCAGGCCUCAAGUAUAAAUUUUUUGUGUGCUCAUGGCUUUGAUUUCAAUAAGUUUUUUAAAGAUGGCAUUCCGUAUAUUAAUGAAGCUGAAGAACAGGAAUUUUGCAAAGAGCUUGAAGAUGGCAGUGCUACACGUCCUCAUGAAAAAGCGAUGGAUAUCAGGCAGAAAAGAAAGCAAGAUAUGUUGAUCAAUGAGCUGCUAAAUUCUGAAUCAAGGCAUUCAACUGAAAACUGUGAAUAUCAGAAAAACAAAAGGAAAUUAAUUUUGCCAAAAGACAAAAUUUCCCAUGAAUAUUUUCAAGUCAAUGAACUGAGAUGCAAAUAUCCAUCAUUAUGGGCUUAUUGUGAGAAUGAUUCUGUUAUUGUUGAAAAAGUUGGCCUAGAAGAAAAGAAAAAAUUAGAACAAACUGUUGUUAAAGAAAAGAUUAAACUUUUAGAAUAUUUCCUUGGCUUCACAAGAAUUUUUAGGUUAAUGAAAGAGUCUAAAAAGCCUAUUGUUGGUCAUAAUCUUUUUAUGGAUCUACUGUUGAUUUUUGACCACUUUCACAGACCGCUUCCAAAAACAUACAAAGAAUUUAAAAAAGAGCUACAUGAUGUGUUUUCUGUUGUGUAUGAUACUAGGCAUAUAUGGAGACACGUAAAGAAGUUCUACAAUUUUAAAGAAAUUCCAACACAGUGUGGACUUUUUGAUUUAUAUGAAAUGUUUAAAAGCCCUUCUGAUGUACUCACAACUUUAUAUUCCCCCACUGUGCGUCACUGCAAUGGUGAAAAAUAUCUGACUGAAGAAUUCCCUCAUGAAUCUGGUUAUGAUUCAUUUGUUACAGGAUGGGUAUUUUUAAAAAUCUGUCAUCUCUUAGCUAUGAAAAAAAUACAAAGUUCAAUUUUUAUUAAACCACAAACUUUGAAGCAACAUCUUAGCGCUGUUGAACCUUUUGUAAAUAAACUAAACCUUGGUAGAUCAAGAGUGGAUUAUAUUGUUUAAAUGUAACUUGACUUUAUACAGAAGACCCUGCUAUUAUUUUGAAGACUUUUUAUGAGAUAAAACAAGCAUUAUAUAUGUGAAUUUCAUAUGUUGAAAGAUUCUGUAAUAAAGAUAGUUACAUUAUACCAUAACAUUAAAGCAAAUGUAUAUUCUUUUAACAUGAAAAUUAU